ACAACUGUUGUAUUUGAAGUAAGUGCUCAUUAAAGAUGCUGUGUAAGCCGAAAACUCUCUACAAUUUGUCACCUUAGACAAGGUUGUAAAUUUGAUGCUUAAUAAAGUACAAGUUUAGGAGCUAAAUCACGCUUUAGCCUUUGAAAAUCAAAUUAAAACCUCUCGAAGGAAAUAGACAAACAGUCCUUUUCCCCCACAGCUCUCAAGGUAAUGUCGUAACCAGCCUCCUCUCUUUUGGAUCUUUCUACUACGAAAGAAGUCGCCAAUCGUCACUGCCUAUGUAUUCCACUUCCAGCCGAUGCCCGCCAUCUCUGCUCACUUCUCUUUCACCCCAACCAUCAUCGCCCAUGGCUGCUACUCUCCAGUGGCGCUGCUUCCUCCUCCUAACCCUCUUCAUCUCCAUUUCAUCAACACCAACCGAUCAACAGACCCUUGCUCAAAUCCCAAUCAAUUUCCUCAGCUCGGCCAAAACCCCAGAGCUCGUCGAUUACAUGGUAAGCAUCAGGAGGCGAAUCCACGAGAACCCAGAACUCGGUUAUGAAGAAUUCGAAACCAGUAAGCUGGUCCGUGAAGAGCUUGAUCGGCUGGGGAUUCGUUACGAGCACCCUUUCGCCGUUACUGGGAUUGUUGCCUCUAUUGGCACCGGCGGACCUCCUUUCGUCGCUCUUAGAGCUGAUAUGGAUGCUUUAGCUCUUCAGGAAGCUGUAGAAUGGGAGCACAAGAGUAAAGUUGCAGGCAAAAUGCACGCUUGUGGCCACGAUGCUCAUGUUGCUAUGCUUCUUGGUGCUGCCAAGUUGCUCCAGGAACACCAUAGUCAUGAUCUGCAGGGGACAGUUCUGUUUGUUUUCCAACCAGCUGAAGAAGGAGGUGGAGGAGCAAAGCAAAUGGUGGAAGCUGGAGUGGUUGACAGUGUAGACGCCAUCUUUGGGAUUCAUGUGAGUACCAGCUUCCCAAUUGGCACAGUGGCCUCAAGAGCUGGCCCAGUUCUUGCUGGGAGUGGGUUCUUCGAAGCUGUGAUAACUGGGAAAGGAGGCCAUGCUGCCAUUCCCCACCACACCAUUGACCCCAUUCUUGCAGCUUCAAGUAUAGUCGUCAGCUUGCAGCACCUUGUUUCCCGUGAAGCUGAUCCCUUAGACUCACAGGUGGUGACCGUUGGUAAAUUUGAAGGAGGUGGUGCGUUCAAUGUCAUUCCAGAUUCUGCCACCAUUGGAGGAACAUUUAGGGCCUUCUCCAAAGAUAGCUUUGCCCAGAUCAAGCAACGCAUCGAACAGGUUGUGACGGGGCAGGCUAAAGUCCAGAGGUGCAAUGCAACCAUCAACUUCAAUCCGAACAACAAGCAGACAUAUCCUGCUACGGUGAACGAUGCAAGUCUACACGAGUAUUUUGUUGGUAUUGCGAGAGACAUGUUGGGAACCCAGAACCUUAAAGUUAUGGAACCGUUGAUGGGUGCGGAGGACUUCUCUUUCUAUGCAGAGAAAGUUCCUGGCUGCUUUUUCUUCGUGGGAAUGCAGAACGAAACUCAAGAACCACUUGUGGCGAGUCAUUCACCACAAUACCAAGUCAACGAAGAUGUGCUUCCAUAUGGAGCAGCUCUGCACGCCUCGCUGGCCGUCAGGUACUUGCUGGAGCAUCAGCCGGAAUCUGCAACGCCUCCUGAAGAAGUAAUAAGGCCUAACGAUGAGCUGUGAAGAGCCACAUGAAUGUUGGAUUGCUUUCUUGUUUCUUGGAGCAACGCCAUAUUUGUGCACUUCUUAGUAGAUUCACUUCACAUUUAAGUUGUAUUUUCCCUUCUCCCAUCGUGUAAUCCUAUUAUCAUGGUGAAACCGAAAGUUACGUUUUAGGAAAAGUAUUGAACAUUUGAACGCAAGAUUUGGGAAGUUGCAUUGUGGACUUGCAAUGGAAUUCCUCACAGAAUUGCUUCCAAAUGAGCAGAUCAGGAAAUUGUAUUGUAUAUGAAUGAUUCCACUGCUGGAUGAGAAACAAACAAAAAAUCAUAUCCCCAAAACCAGUAAAAAUAGUAAAUGAUGGACAUUAAUGGUGUAGUGGAUACUACCGUGUUCCAUUUUAUCUUUCGGAUCAAACCCAUACCAGACACAAACAAGCAGGCUGGAAAAGCAGAGAAAGAAGGAAGAAGUGGGAUUAUACCAAAGGUGGAGGUUACCUUCUUUUUCCUCGACGACAACCAUGGCUGGGUUGAAGCAAGGACCCAGAAGUUCAAGCAUCCGGAAGAACAAAGGGCAUUCUGGCAC